CGGCGGGAAGGCGGGCGGAAGCGGGCUGCGCGGGGGACUGCAGGUUAGCGGGAGGCUCUGGGUCCCUGGGCUGGCGCCGCAGAUGCGCGGGGCCCGGGGAUGAUCUUCUCGGCCGCCCGCCGCGCGCUCCGCUGGCUGCCGCGGCCUGGGAGCCGGGCGCUGACCCUCGCCGACAUGGAGGUGGCCCUGCGAGGCGUGCGGAAGAUCCUCUGCGUGGCCGAGAAGAACGACGCAGCCAAGGGCAUCGCCGACCUGCUGUCCGGCGGCCGCAUGCGGCGGAGAGAAGGACUUUCCAGAUUCAACAAGAUCUAUGAAUUUGAUUAUCGUCUGCGUGGCCAGAAUGUCACCAUGAUAAUGACUUCAGUCUCAGGACACUUGCUGGCUCAUGAUUUCCAGAUGCAGUUUCGCAAGUGGCAGAGCUGCAAUCCUCUCGUCCUCUUUGAAGCAGAAAUUGAAAAGUACUGCCCAGAGAAUUUUUUAGACAUCAAGAAAACUCUGGAGCGAGAGGCUCGGCAGUGCCAGGUCCUGGUGAUCUGGACCGACUGCGACAGAGAAGGUGAAAACAUCGGGUUUGAGAUCAUCCACGUGUGCAAGGCUGUGAAGCCCAGCCUGCAGGUGCUGCGAGCCCGUUUCUCCGAGAUCACCGCCCGCGCUGUCCAGGCGGCCUGUGAAAACCUGAUGGAGCCCGACCGCAGAGUGAGCGACGCCGUGGACGUGAGGCAGGAGCUGGACCUGCGGAUCGGGGCUGCCUUCACCAGGUUCCAGACCCUGCGGCUGCAGAAGAUCUUUCCCGAGGUGUUGGCGGAGCAGCUGAUCAGUUAUGGCAGCUGCCAGUUCCCCACCCUGGGGUUCGUGGUGGAGAGGUUCAAAGCCAUUCAGGCGUUUGUGCCAGAAACCUUCCACAGAAUCAGAGUGACUCAUGACCACAGGGAUGGCGCAGUGGAGUUUAGCUGGAAAAGGCAUCGGCUCUUCAACCACACGGCUUGUCUUGUCCUCUAUCAGCUGUGCAUGGAGGAUCCCAGGGCGACCGUGGUGGAGGUCAGUUCCAAGGCAAAAAGCAAGUGGAGGCCUCAAGCUUUGGACACUGUGGAGCUUGAGAAGCUGGCUUCUCGAAAGUUGAGGAUAAAUGCUAAAGAGACCAUGAGGAUUGCAGAAAAGCUCUACACUCAAGGGUACAUCAGCUAUCCCCGAACUGAAACAAACAUUUUCCCCAAAGACUUAGACCUGACAGCGCUGGUGGAGGAACAGACCCAAGAUCCACGCUGGGGGCCCUUCGCCCAGAGCAUUCUAGAGCGGGGCGGCCCCACUCCACGCAACGGGAGCAAGUCUGACCAAGCCCACCCUCCCAUCCACCCCACCAAGUACACGGACAGCCUGCAGGGGGACGAGCAGCGACUGUACGAGCUCAUCGUCCGCCACUUCCUGGCCUGCUGCUCCCAGGAUGCCCGGGGCCAGGAGACCACCGUGGAGAUCGACAUCGCGCAGGAGCGCUUCGUGGCCCACGGCCUCAUGAUCCUGGCCCGAAACUAUCUGGACGUGUACCCCUACGAUCGCUGGAGCGACAAGACCCUCCCUGUCUACAGCCGAGGCUCCUGCUUUCAGCCCAGCACCGUGGAGAUGGUGGACGGGGAGACCAGUCCACCCCAGCUGCUCACUGAGGCCGACCUUAUUUCCCUCAUGGAGAAGCACGGCAUCGGUACCGACGCGACGCACGCGGAGCAUAUCGAGACCAUCAAGGCCCGGAUGUACGUCGGGCUCACGCCAGACAAGCGCUUUCUCCCCGGGCACCUGGGCAUGGGGCUUGUGGAAGGCUAUGACUCCAUGGGCUACGAGAUGUCCAAGCCCGACCUGCGGGCCGAGCUGGAGGCUGACCUGAAGCUCAUCUGCGAGGGGAAGAAGGACAAGCUCGUGGUCCUGCAGCAGCAGGUGCAGAAGUACAAGCAGGUCUUCGUCGAGGCCACGGCCAAAGCCCAGAGGUUGGACGAGGCCUUGUCCCAGUACUUUGGGGCAGGGGUGGAGCUGGCCCAGCAAGAAGCCAUCUUCCCAGCUGUGCCAGAGCCCGUCAGGAAGUGCCCACAGUGCGGCAAGGACAUGGUCCUGAAGACCAGGAAGAGCGGCGGGUUCUACCUCAGCUGCACGGGCUUCCCGGAAUGUCGCUCGGCCGUGUGGUUCCCGGACAGUGUGCUGGAGGCCAGCAGGGACGGGAGCGUGUGUCCCGUGUGUCAGCCGCACCCCGUUUACAGGUUGAAGUUCAAGUUUAAGCGAGGCAGCCUUCCCCCAACCGUGCCACUGGAAUUCGUCGGCUGUGUUGGCGGAUGUGACGAGACCCUGAGGGAGAUCUUGGACCUCAGGUUUUCACGGGGGCCCACCCGAGCUGGCCAGCCAGUCCGCCAGCCCUCCGGCCACCUGCAGGCCAGCCAGUCCCUGCACAGAAUGGGCAGCAGCCAGCACGGCCACCACCCGCCUCCCGCCCCCAGGACUCUGCCCCUGCCCGCCGCCGAGGGCGAAGGCAACUCCGUGACCUGCAACUGUGGCCGGGAGGCCCUGCUGCUCACCGUCCGGAAGGAGGGGCCCAACCAGGGCCGCCAGUUCUACAAGUGCAGCGGCGGCGGCUGCAGCUUCUUCCUCUGGGCCGACAGCAGCCACCCAGGAGCAGGGGGGCGUCCCUCCGAGGCGCCCAGACCCCCGGGCGGCUCACUGGGGCGCCCGCCGGGCUCAGGGAAGCCCCUGGGCGGGCCCGGAAGCCCCGGCGAUGGCGACGGUGGCGGUGGCGGGUGCUGCCUGUGCAGCCAGCCCGCCGUCACGCGCACUGUGCAGAAGGACGGGCCCAACAAGGGGCGCCAGUUCCACACGUGCGCCAAGCCCCGGGAGCAGCAGUGCGGCUUCUUCCAGUGGGUGGACGAGAACGUGGCCCCAGGGACCUUUGGAGGCCCCCCCUGGGCAGGAGCCAGAGGAGAAAGCCAGGGGCCGGAGGCCAGAAGCAAAAGGGCCCGGGCUGGUUCCUCGGACGCAGGGUCCGCGGCCAAGAAACCCCGCAAGUGCAGCCUUUGCCGCCAGCCUGGACACACCCGUCCCUUCUGUCCUCAGAACAGAUGA